AUGCAUGUGCUCUUUCGGGCUGCUGGUUUUCUAUUACUCCCAAUCUUAUUGAAUGUAGCAGCAUCAACAGGGAGACUGCGAUUAGGAUCAAGAAAAGCCAAACUGCCUGAACAGCUUGGUGCUUAUGAGAUUGUAACUCCGUCAAGAGUGAAUGAAGCCGGUGACAAACUGCCGACGAGCGUGCACUUCAAAAGGAAAAAACGGAGUAUUGAUGCAGCCGGCAACGUUUCCGAUCACUGGGCCUCGGAGCGCAUUCAUUAUAGAAUAUAUGCCUUUGGGCAGCUCUAUCACCUUAACCUCACGCUCGAGUCGGGAUUUAUAGCGCCACUUUACACUGUCACGAUACUUGGAGUACCCAACAGAGGUAAUCUAACGGAUUUUUCACAAGAGGGGGAGGAGGAAGAUACAGACUACCAGCACUGCUUCUAUAAAGGACAUGUGAAUGCUAAAACGGAGCACACAGCAGUCAUCAGCCUUUGCUCCGGUUUGCUUGGCACUUUCAGGUCACCAGAGGGGGAAUAUUUUGUGGAGCCCCUGCACAGCUACAAUGGUGAGCAUUAUGAAGAAGAACACAACAAACCUCAUAUUGUCUACAAAAAGGACACCCUAAAGAAGGCUGAGGGAGAGCAGACAUCAUGUGACACUUCAGGACAUAAUCAGAGACACGGGAGACACAGGGACAAGGCGAAGCAGAAGGCGUCUGCCGGCAUGCUGGCUGACCUGGAAACUCUGAGCAGAGGGAUCUCUGCAAAUCUCUCCCCUUCCACAGAAAACAAGCAUGCAGCUAAUGACAGCAGCGGUGACUCAGGACCUCACAGGAGAUCAAAGCGCUUCCUUUCCUAUCCCCGCUUUGUAGAAGUCAUGGUUGUUGCAGACAGCAAAAUGGUGGAACAUCACGGGAACAAUCUCCAGCACUACAUUCUCACGUUGAUGUCCAUUGUUUCCUCCAUCUACAAAGAUCCCAGCAUUGGCAACCUUAUAAAUAUCGUCAUUGUGAAAUUAGUCAUGAUAAGUAAUGAGCUGGAUGGUCCCGCAAUCUCUUUCAAUGCACAGGCCACUUUAAAGAACUUUUGCAUUUGGCAGCAGGGUCAGAAUCAUCCAGAUGACAACCACCACUCCCACCAUGACACGGCUAUCCUUAUCACCAGGCAGGACAUCUGUCGAGCACGGGACAAGUGCGACACGUUAGGACUUGCUGAGCUGGGUACAGUGUGUGACCCGUACAGAAGCUGUAGCAUCAGUGAAGACAAUGGGCUCAGCACCGCGUUCACCAUCGCCCACGAGCUUGGUCACGUGUUCAACAUGCCACAUGAUGACAGUAACAAAUGCAAAGAGGAUGGUGUUAAAAAUCAACAGCACGUGAUGGCCCCCACCCUGAAUUACUACACCAACCCUUGGAUGUGGUCCAAAUGUAGCCGGAAAUACAUCACAGAGUUUCUCGACACAGGGUAUGGUGAAUGUUUACUCGAUGAGCCAGUAUCUAGACCAUACAGUCUAUCUCAGCAGCUGCCCGGAAGGAUAUACAAUGUCAAUAAACAGUGUGAAUUAAUAUUUGGGCCUGGAACACAGGUGUGCCCAUAUAUGACGCAGUGUCGGAGGCUGUGGUGUACCAGCCCAGAAGGCGCCCAGAGAGGCUGUCGGACCCAGCACAUGCCGUGGGCGGAUGGAACCGAGUGCUCUCCUGGAAAGCAUUGCAAACACGGCGUGUGCAUUACCAAAGAGAAUGACGCUGUACCAGAAGAGGGGGCCUGGGGUGUGUGGAGUCCGUUUGGGACAUGCUCACGAAGCUGUGGGGGGGGCAUCAAGAUUGCCGUCCGCGAGUGCAACCGACCUGUGCCCAAAAACGGGGGGAGAUACUGUGUGGGACGCAGGAUGAAAUUUCGUUCCUGCAAUUCCGAGCCAUGCUCCAAGCAGAAGAAGGAUUUCAGGGAGGAGCAGUGCGCCUCCUUCGACGGCCGCCACUUCAACAUCAACGGUCUACCUCCAAACGUGCGCUGGGUACCAAAGUACAGUGGAAUUCUGAUGAAGGAUCGCUGCAAACUCUUUUGUAGAGUUGCAGGCAGCACAGCCUACUAUCAGCUCAGGGACAGAGUGAUCGACGGCACGCCGUGUGGGCCAGACACCAAUGACAUUUGCGUGCAAGGCCUCUGCAGGCAAGCGGGAUGUGAUCAUGUGUUGAACUCCAAAGCAAGGAGAGACAAGUGUGGGGUGUGUGGAGGUGACAACUCCUCCUGUAAGACCAUGGCAGGCACUUUCAACACCGUACACUACGGAUACAACGUGGUGGUGAGAAUCCCCAGUGGUGCUACAAACAUUGACGUCCGACAACACAGCUACUCAGGGAAACCAGAGGAUGAUAACUACCUCGCUGUGUCGAACAGUCGCGGGGAGUAUUUGCUUAACGGAGACUUUGUGGUCAGCAUGUUUAAAAGGGAAAUCAAAGUUGGGAACGCUAUCAUUGAGUACAGUGGUUCCGACCACGUGAUCGAGAGACUCAACUGCACUGAUCGCAUUGAGGAAGAAAUCGUUGUCCAGGUGCUAUCUGUAGGUAACCUCUAUAACCCUGACGUCAGGUACUCCUAUAAUAUCCCUAUAGAGGACAAACCUCAGCAGUUCUUCUGGGAUGCUUAUGGUCCAUGGCAGGACUGCAGCAGACUGUGCCAAGGAGAGCGAAAGAGGAAGAUUUUGUGUAAUCGUGAGUCAGACCGCGUGGUGGUGUCCGACCAGCGGUGUCACGGCUCCCCCAGACCAGCUGUUAUCACCGAGCCAUGUAAUAUGGAGUGUGAGCUAAGGUGGCACAUCGCUCGUAAGAGUGAGUGCACUGCCACAUGUGGGCUUGGCUACCGUACUCUGGAAAUUUACUGUGCCAAGCACAGCCGGGUCGAUGGCAAGACCCAAAAGGUAGACGACCGUUACUGCAGCAACCAGCGCAAACCAGAUGACAAGGAGAGUUGCCAUGGCGACUGUAAUCCUGGUGGCUGGGAGUACUCCCCAUGGUCAGAGUGCUCCAAAAGCUGUGGAGGGGGCACACGUCGCAGGGGGGCAGUGUGUGGGAAAUCAUCUGAGGCCAGCAUUGAUGACAGCAAGUGCAAUCAGAGAGACAAGCUCACCGUUGAGUCCUGCAACGAUUUCCUGUGUCCACAGUGGAAGACUGGGGAGUGGUCUGAAUGCUUAGUGACUUGUGGUAAAGGUUACAAACAUCGUCAGACCUGGUGCCAAUUUGGAGAAGACAGACUGGAUGAUAGAUUCUGUGACUCGUCAAAGCCGGAGUCUGUCCAAACCUGCCAACAACAGGAGUGUGCCUCUUGGCAAGUAGGCCCCUGGGGACAGUGCACUACCACAUGUGGUCCUGGCUAUCAGAUGAGGGCAGUGAAAUGUGUGGUGGGGUCAUACGGGUCCGUCAUGGACGACACUGAAUGUAACGCGGCCACGCGGCCAACUGACACUCAGGACUGUGAACUGUCUCCCUGCCCUAUGACCCAUCCUGCAUCUCCAGAGACCAAAGUUGCGCCCCAUCCGAGCCACAAAACCCAGUGGCGUUUUGGAUCCUGGACUCAGUGUAGUGCCACCUGUGGUAAAGGCACACGCAUGCGUUACGUGAGUUGCCGUGACAACCAGGGUGGUGUGGCAGAAGAAUCAGCUUGCGCCCACCUGCCCAAGCCACCAGCGCGAGAAGUAUGCUCGGUGGUGGCCUGCGGCCAGUGGAAAGUUCUGGAAUGGACACAGUGCUCUGUGUCUUGCGGUCAAGGGAAAACCACGCGGCAGGUGGUCUGCGUAAACUUCAGUGAUCAGCUGGUGGACGAGAGUGAAUGCGAUCCCGACGAUCGACCCACCACCGAGCAGGAGUGUGCCAUGCCUCAGUGCCCAAGUCGCUCCACCGAUCACGGGGGCUUCCCGUCCAAUCCCGAUGCCCGCAAGAAGAUUCUGCCCCCCGGACGUAGCGAUCGCAACAGAGGGGCCCAUGGCCAGCCUCACCAGUGGAGGACAGGACCGUGGGGAGCGUGCUCCAGUACGUGCGCUGGGGGCUUCCAGCGACGCGUGGUGGUGUGUCAGGAUGAGAACGGCUACCCGGCUAACAGCUGUGACGAAAGCCUACAGCCCAUAGAACAGCGUUCCUGUGAAUCUGGACCGUGUCCUCAGUGGGUCUACGGCAGCUGGGGAGAGUGUACGAAGUCCUGUGGAGGAGGAAUAAAGACGCGGCUGGUUGCAUGUCAGCGACCCAACGGGGAACGUUUUAACGAUCUGAGCUGUGAGAUUCUUGACAAACCGCCCGACCGAGAGCAGUGCAAUACUCAUUCAUGCUCUUCUAACCCCCACUGGAGCGCAGACCCAUGGAGCUCGUGUUCAGCCUCCUGUGGAAGAGGAUACAAAUACCGUAACGUGACUUGCGUGAGCCGCUCGGGUCGUCCCAUUCCCGAGGAGAACUGUCUGCACCUGGUCCGGCCGAGCAAACAGAGGCGCUGUCGAGGGGGCCGUUGUCCAAAGUGGAAGACUAGCGACUGGGGAGAGUGUUCCUCAACUUGUGGCAGCGGAAUACAACACCGAGAGGUUUUUUGUGUAAUUGGAGAUCGGCGCCGUGCACAAGUGUCCGAAUGCGAGGGAGCCGAGCGUCCACCGUCCAGUCAGAAUUGCCGGAUCGCAGACUGUCCCUCGACUUACAGGUGGAGCGCGGGAGACUGGCAAGCGUGCAGUCAAACAUGUGGCUCAGGACUCAGACGCAGAACGGUGGCGUGUCUGGAUCCCAGUGGGGAGGAGGUGCACGAGAUGUACUGCGUGGGCCAGAGGAAACCGACCGAAUCUGAGCCCUGUAACACCCAGCCAUGUGAAUUCAUCUGGAUAACAGGAGAGUGGACAGAGUGCUCAGUCACCUGUGGGCAGGGCUAUCAGAGAAGAUUGGUGUCCUGCAGUGAGGUGCAUGCUGGGAAUGAUAAUUAUGAAUAUGGACAUCAGUCCUUGUCAAACUGCCCUGGCAACCCGCCUGAGAGUUUCAUGGUGUGCAACCUCACCCCCUGCCCUUCUUCUCAGAUCUGGAGGGUUGGAAUCUGGGGGCCGUGCUCCGCAAGGUGUGGUGAUGGGUGGACCGAGAGAACAGUGCAGUGUGUAAAUGCUGAUGGUGAAAUCAGUGAAAACUGUCCCUCCUCUACCAAACCCACAGGACGGAAAGCCUGCUCAAAUCAUGACUGCCAUUUGCCCAGUAGCUGCAGGGACGUUCAGCUCCAGAAUCAUUUCCUGUCUGAUGGUGAACAGAUACUGAAUAUACAAGGAAAAGCACUUAAAAUUUACUGUUCAGAAAUGGAUACAGACAAUCCGAAAGAGUACAUCACACUCAUGACUGGCGAAAGAGAGAAUUUCUCUGAAGUUUUUGGCUUUAGGCUCAUGGACCCCACACAGUGUCCCUCAAACCUGACCAGGAGAGAAGAUUGUCACUGUAGGAGGGACUACACUGCUGCUGGACUGUCAACCUUCACUAAAGUCCGACUGGACCUGAGAAAGAUGCACAUUAUCACCACAGACUGGAAGUUCGCUUUCACUCGGGAGGGUCACAAAGUUCCUUUCGCCACGGCAGGAGAUUGCUACAGCGCCGCCCGCUGUCCACAGGGCCGGUUCAGCGUCAAUUUGUCUGGGACGGGCUUUCAGGUGGCUGACAGCACCAAGUGGAUAUCCCAAGGCAACUACGCCGUGUCAGACAUACACAAAUCACAGGAUGGCAGCAGAGUGACAGGAAUGUGUGGCGGUUACUGUGGAAAAUGCACGCCCUCAGCCAGCACUGGUCUUCUCAUUCAAGUCGCAUAAUCAACUUACGACCUUGAGGUGUUCAUCCAGAUGAGAAUGAACGGUGGUGCUACAGCAAAUGAAGAAAUCUCCUCAUUAAAAAAAAACAACAAAAU